AAGCAGGCCAGAGGCUCCUCCCCCUCCUCUGAGGAGAAGAAGAAAGAGGAGGAGGCGGGCAGAGCAAGGGAGACCGGCCAUGGCCCUCAAGCAGAGUACCACCACGCCAGCUUCGGCAACUGGAGUAGCGUCCCCCGCGCCUUCGCCGCCGCCUCCUCAGCAGCAGCAGCAGCAGCAACAACAACAGCAACAAGCGGCCCCCAGCCCGCCUCCGCCUCCCCCCCCACCUCCUCCCCCGCCACAAGGCUCGGCGGGCGGCAGCGGGGGAAGGAAAGCCCCCGGCGGAGCAGGCCUCGGCGGAGGAGCAGGCCGCGCCGCCCUCGGCAGAGGCCGUAACAGUGGCAAAGGGCCGCUUCAACCAACGAUUUCUUUUCAAGGCAUAUAUGCAAAUAUGCGAAUGGUUCACAUACUCACAUCAGUUGUCGGCUCAAAAUGUGAAGUGCAAGUUAAAAAUGGCAAUAUAUUUGAAGGCGUUUUUAAAACUUACAGCUCUAAGUGUGAUUUAGUGCUUGACGCAGCUCAUCGGAAAACUGCAGAAUCCAGUCCUGGGCCAAAACUAGAAGACAUAAUCGAGAGCAUCUUGUUCAAGUCUUCAGAUUUUGUGAUGGUGCAUUUCAAAGACAUGGAUACCAGUUAUGCACGGAAAGUUCCUUCAGAAACAGAUGCUUUUACAGAUUCAUCAAUCAGUGCUAAAAUUAAUGGUGAACAUAAAGAGAAGGAUCUGGAGCCUUGGGAUGGCGGCGAAGGCAUGACCGCAGAAGAACUCGAGGCUUUAGAGACUGAUGUGUCCAACGGAUGGGAUCCCAAUGAUAUGUUUCGAUACAAUGAAGAAAACUACGGCAUUGUGUCGACUUAUGACAGCAGUUUAUCUUCAUAUACGGUCCCCCUCGAAAGGGACAAUUCAGAGGAAUUUUUAAAACGGGAGGCCAGAGCCACCCAGUUAGCAGAAGAAAUUGAAUCUAGUGCACAGUACAAAGCGCGGACGGCUUUGGAGAACGAUGAGCGCUCAGAAGAAGAAAAAUACACCGCGGUUCAGAGACAUGGUACUGAGCGCGAGGGCCAUGGAGUGGCACCCAGGGAGAACAAGUACAUUCCCCCAGGACAGCGGAAUCGGGAGGUUCUCUCCUGGGGAACCGGGCGGCAGAAUGCGCCUCGCAUGGGCCAGUCAGGAUCAGGCCCCCCAGUUUCAAGAGCAGGCUCUUACUCGUCAGACUACAGCUCUAAUUCAGGAGCAGACCAAAGAGUAGUCAAUGGAGGUGUUCCCUGGCCAUCGCCUUGCCCAUCUCCUUCCUCUCGCCCACCUUCUCGCUACCCGUCAGGUCCCACCACUCUUCCUCCUCGGGCAGCCACCCCUACAAGGCCGCCCUCCAGGCCCCCCUCGCGGCCCUCCAGGCCCCCGUCUCACCCCUCUGCUCAUGGCUCUCCAGCGCCUGCCUCCACUAUGCCUAAACGCAUGUCUUCAGAAGGACCGCCACGGAUGUCUCCUAAGGCACAGCGGCACCCUCGAGGCCACAGAGUGUCUGCGGGGAGGGGUAUGGUUUCAAGUGGCUUAGAAUUUGUCUCUCACAAUGUGCCAGGAGAAGCCUCCACGCCUUCCUCCACCCGAGGCAGCCCUUCAAGUGGGACGUGGUCAUCUGUGGUCAUGGGGGUGACGCGGUCGUCCCCAAAAGCCCAUCGGCCCCGGUCUCCCAGGCAGAGCAGUCUCGGAGGAGGUGCCCCGGGCCCCGCACUGGCCUCCCCACAAGCUGGCCCCACUCUGGCCGAAUCGAUUGCCACUGCUGCCCCGGCUGCCUCCCCGGCCCCUGCCUGCCCAGCAGCCGCCACUCAUGCUGGCACCCCCUCCGCUGAAGCUAAAGAUUCCAGACUUCAGGACCAGAGGCAGAGUUCUUCUCCUGCCGGAGACAAGGAACAUCAGAAGCCGAGCGAAAUGUCUCCUAGUUUUAGUAAACCAGAAUGCAAAGGUGUUUCUCCAGCUGUAUUAGAACAUAGAAAGCAGAUUGAUGACUUGAAGAAAUUCAAGAAUGACUUUAGGUUACAACCGAGUUCUGCCCCAGAAAGUGUGGAGCAGCUGUUAAACAAGAGCAGAGAUGCGGAGAAGUCCAGAGACGUUCCAAAGGAGAAGGGCGAUGGCAGCUGUAAGGAGCCUGCUGUGGACACAGGGAGCACGGCCACCCCCUCCAGCGCCGGCAGCAGCAAGCCCAGCAGCCCCAGUGCUUCCCCACCCAGUGGCAACGCCGAACCCAAGCCGGGGCCAGAGGUGACCUCACAGGGGGUGCAGACCUCCAGCCCUGGAGGAAAAGUGGAGAAAGAGGAGAAAAAGGACACCACUGAACAAGUUAGAAAAUCAACACUAAAUCCUAAUGCAAAGGAGUUCAAUCCUCGGUCAUUUGCUCAGCCCAAGCCUUCGACUACGCCGACAUCACCCCGUCCGCAAGCCCAGCCCAGCCCCUCGAUUUUGGGCCACCAGCAGCCUGCUCCCGUCUACACCCAGCCGGUUUGCUUCGCUCCCAACAUGAUGUACCCUGUUCCCGUGAGCCCUGGAGUCCAGCCUCUGUACCCGAUUCCAAUGACCCCCAUGCCGGUCAACCAGGCCAAGACCUAUAGAGCAGGUAAAGUAUCAAGUAUGCCCCAGCAGCGUCAAGACCAGCACCACCAGAAUGCCAUGAUGCACCCUGCCUCUGCAGCCGGGGCGCCAAUCGUCGCCACCCCCCCGGCUUAUUCUGCACAGUAUGUUGCCUACAGCCCCCAGCAGUUCCCCAACCAGCCUCUUGUUCAGCACGUGCCACAUUAUCAGUCUCAGCACCCUCACGUUUAUAGCCCUGUCAUACAGGGCAAUGCAAGGAUGAUGGCGCCACCAGCACAUCUGCAGCCUGGCUUAGUCUCUUCCACUGCUACGCAGUAUGGGGCCCAUGAGCAGACACACACCAUGUAUGCAUGCCCCAAAAUACCCUACAGCAAGGAGACAGGCCCUUCUUUCUACUUUGCCAUUUCCACGGGUUCCCUUGCCCAGCAGUAUGCCCACCCGAGUGCCACCCUUCACCCGCAGCCGUCAGCCACCCCCACGGGGCAGCAGCAGGGCCAGCAUGGAGGCAGCCACCCUGCCCCCAGCCCUGUGCAGCACCAGGCGGCCCAGGCCCUCCACCUGACGAACGCUCAGCAGCAGUCAGCCCUCUACCAUGCCGGCCUGGCGCCCACCCCUCCCUCCAUGACCCCCGGAUCCAACACCCAGUCGCCACAGAGCAGCUUUCCAACAGCACAACAGACCGUCUUUGCCAUCCAUCCUUCCCAUGUCCAACCGGCCUACACCAACCCACCACACAUGGCCCACAUGCCCCAGGCCCAUGUGCAGUCGGGGAUGGCUCCGUCUCAUCCAACUGCCCAGGCUCCAAUGAUGCUCAUGACGACCCAGCCGCCACCCGGUGGGGCCCAAGCUGCCAUUGCGCAAAGUGCACUACAGCACAUUCCAGUUUCGACAGCAACACACUUCCCCUAUAUGACGCACCCUUCAGUACAAACCCACCAUCAACAGCAGUUGUAAAGCCGACCUGGAGUAACUGUGAGGCUGGAUCCCUCUUUCUUUUUUUAGGCAAAAUGCCAUAUGCUUCUGCCAACCUUGGAAGCACAGAAACAAAACAAAAACAAAAAAAAAACCCUAGCAUUUCUCUCUCUUUUUUGGUUUGUUUUAUGAGGGGGGGGGGAGUGUAACAUCAGAAAGGAAUGCUCACAAUCCACACUUCAGUAGGAGAAAUUUGGACUCGGAGAAAGGCAUGUUAGAACCCUUGGGAACAAACAAUUUCAUUAUUCCAUACGUUGUGUCAACAAAAAAAAUUACAAAACACAAAACCUUCACCCCAGGCCCCAGUUCUGCUUGCAGAAAAACUGGAAAAGCUAUUUAUUUUUUAAAACAUCCCUUUCAAUGUUAUAAAUUCAUCAGCUAGAGAAAGACUUACUGAGAGUGAUUUCUUGCUGCUAUUCUCACUUUAAAAAAAGAUCAAAAAUUGAGACGUAAAAAAAUUCCUUUUACUUCUAACUAAACUUGAAAGGUUUGGAAAAAGUAAACUCUAAUCGUCAAACAGAUACGGAUUUAUUAUUUAUAAAAUCAUGUUUGAUGAGGGGGAAACGGCUGUCGCAAGGCAGUGGGGUAACUUUUAAGUUAAGAGGAAACUUUUACUUUGUAGAUAAUAUAAAAUAAAAACUUCAAAAAAAAUUAAAAAUAAAAAAGUUUUAAAAACUGA